AUGGCUAUUACGAAGCUCGACGUCAAUCUCCUCGAGCCCCUCCUCGAGUUCCAGAUUGAGUUCGCCACGCACGGUCUACCGAGUUCCGACGCAGACCUACCGUUCCUGCAGCAGCUGCAGGAGCAGAUCGACAAGCUCCAGGAAGAAAAUGGCGACUUGGAGGACGCACUGGAGCAGCAGCGCGAAGACUUUGCGAGCAAGAGGAAGCGCUUCUGGGAGGAGAUGGAGGAGCUGCAAGACGAAUACCGGCGCCACUGCCAACAGGCCGAGCGAGUGCAGGGGCGUCUGCGUGACGAGAGAAAAGCAGAGCGACAGCGCGCUGACGAGCUGCAGCGUCUUGUCAACAGUAGCGCCGAGCAACUGCAGGCGGCGGCGGAGCUGCAAGCUCAAAUCGAGAGCCUCCAGCAACAGAUUCGCAACCAGCAAACUGCAGCCGAGACAGAGCGAUUGGAGCUAGAGCGGCGUGCCAGCGCGGAUAAGUUGCGUCUUGAAACCAAGGUGCAGGAGCUCAAGAAGCAGUUGCAGGAGCAAAGUACACAGUUCCAGCAAGAGCGAGCCCAUUUGCUGCAGCAAGGUGCGAGACGUGACAAUAGCCGCGACGAUAUCCACUCGUCGCUGGUAAACGCUAUGCCUCACAUGCAAAGGUUGAUGGAGGCGCUUGAACGCGGCAAUGGACGUGCUGAGAGUCCCGCAGAACCUAUUGACCUGACUGAAGAUCAAGAGUUGGCCAACCGUCUGAAUGAGCAGCGAAGCGCGUUCGACCGAGAGCGAGCCCAGUUGGUGGAGCAAGCAAGCGACGCAGCCAAAACGCAACAGGACAUUAGCAGACGGAGUCAUGCGGAACGGGAGGCAGUGCUGACAUGCCCCAUCUCGCUGGAUCUGUUUGAGGACCCCGUUUGGCUUACGACAAGCUGCAUCGGGCGGAGCGCUCAGCUCUCGGACUCCCCCCUGCUCUUCCUGAGCCAGCUCCAUCAAUUGCCACGCCUGGUCCUAACGAAACGGCGGGUUCCUCUACUUCGGCAUCUGAAAGCCGCUCUCACAGGCGAAGAAGCUCAGAAGCCUCUAGCGCUCGUCAAAGUCGCCACCGGACAGAGCGCACGGAAAGAGUUCAUGCACGCUCAGAAGUUCCACGGCGUCGAUCUUCAAGAGUUUAAGGACAGCGAUGUCAAGCAACUGCAAGAGCGUAUCUGCGAGGAGGAAGUCGAGCGCGAAGCGGAGCGACAGCGUGCAGACAGACUUCAACGUAUUGUUACCAGCAGCACUGAGCAAGUGGAGGCACUAAAGGCGCACAUUCAGAGCCUGCAACAAGUGACUCGCACCCAGCGAUUGGAUGCCGCGCAAGAGCGAGCUCAAUCGCUGCAGCAAGGCGCGAGACGUGACAAUGACCACGACGAUAUCCACUCGUCGCUGGUAAACGCUAUGCCUCACAUGCAAAGGUUGAUGGAGGCGCUUGAACGCGGCAAUGGACGUGCUGAGAGUCCCGCAGAACCUAUUGACCUGACUGAAGAUCAAGAGUUGGCCAACCGUCUGAAUGAGCAGCGAAGCGCGUUCGACCGAGAGCGAGCCCAGUUGGUGGAGCAAGCAAGCGACGCAGCCAAAACGCAACAGGACAUUAGCAGACGGAGUCAUGCGGAACGGGAGGCAGUGCUGACAUGCCCCAUCUCGCUGGAUCUGUUUGAGGACCCCGUUGUGACCGAAUAA